UGUCUUGCGCCUCAAAUCUCACAACCCUCGAAUUCAGAUAUUUUUUUAUUUGUCUUGCAGAUGCGAGCGUAUAGAUGGCGCAGUUCAUGCAGGAAAGGCGGACAAAGAAAGGUCGAGAUGAUUAGGAACGCGCAUUUGCUCUCUUUCUUUCGCCGAAUUUGCAAGGUGUUGAUUCCUCGUCUUCCUCUUCGACGGCGCGACGCAAAUGACUUCGUUUGAGACCAAAAACUUGGUCCAGAAAAAGCAUCUCUGUUGUAAUGGCGGAACCCUCACUCUCAAGCACCGCUCCCUGAUCGAGCGCGGUAGACAACGCGCCGGCCAAGCUUGAGGCAAUGAAACUGAAAGAAGCGGCGAAGGAAGUCGAGAACCAGAAGAAAACGCAGAAGAAUGAUCUAUGGGUGAAAAGAUUCUUUCAGAAGAAGCUGAAAUGGUGGGGAAUGAGUUACAAGGGGAUGACAUGGUUUCCAAGAGUUGCAACAAAGAUAAUAAUUCUGCUGCUGCUAUUCCUCCUGAGGUGGAGGAUGGCAGGGAAGAGGAAGAGAUGAUACUGGUCCCAAACUCCCAGUCACUGUUCACCAGCUACCCAACAGUCAACCAUUUCUUCAUCAGGAUUCAAAACAAGGAAAUGGGCAGCGGAUAAAAUUCGAAACAGGCCUUUCGUUUUCAAUCCAAACGCAUAUUUUGGUUGAAAAGAAGAAAAAUCAAAGCCAUAGGGUGUGUAAUAAGUGCAGGCUGGUCCAUAGAAGAACUGUUUUGGAUGCAUUAAUGAUGUCACAAAAAACUAUUGGGAGGUAUUUUUAUUCUGUAAAAAAAAACCGAGGUAUAUAGAUCAGAGAAAUAAGCUAAUUGAGAGAGAGAGAGAUCAGAGAGAUUCAGAGAGAUGGUAGGGAGCAACUAUUUUUACAAGGAUGUUCUGCCAUUUUCAGCCAUGGUUGCUGCUGAGUGCACCAUUGUCGUCUUAAACGUCCUCUUCAAAGCAGCCACUCUGCAAGGUUUGAGUUACAAAGUCUUCAUCGCUUACUCCUACGCCGUAUCUACCCUUGUUCUCCUCCCCUUGGCCUUCAUCUUUGGCCGAAAGACUGGGCUUCCUACGUUGAAGUGGUCCCUCCUCUAUAGAAUUUUCCUCCUCGGUGUGCUUGGGUAUGUAUCUGCGAUAUGUGGAUACAAAGGCAUAGAAUACAGUUCGCCGACUCUGGCUUCAGCUGUCAGCAACCUCAUGCCGGCUUUUACUUUCAUACUUGCCGUCAUAUUCAGGAUGGAACAGUUAGCUUUGAGAAGGGCAAGUACUCUGGCUAAAGUCGUGGGCACUGUAGUAUCAAUAUCAGGUGCACUUGUAGUAGUUCUCUAUGAGGGCCCCACACUCAUAUCGAUCUCAUCUCAAUCACCACCCCUUUCACUUCGAUUUAGUCUGGGCUCAUCACAAACGAAUUGGGUGAUAGGUGGGCUUUUAAUUGCUCUUGAGUACCUUCUUGUUUCAAUCUGGUACAUUGUUCAGACUCAAGUUAUGAAAAUGUAUCCAUCGGAGAUAAUUGUGGUCUUCUUAUACGACUUGUGUGGGACAAUUAUAUCUGCACCAGUAUCUUUAAUGGCAGAAGCAAACAUGAGCGCUUGGAGACUAAAACCUGAUAUAGCACUGGUUGCCAUUGUAUACUCGGGAUUUUCUUUAACCUUCGCAACUGCUGUUCACUCCUGGGGACUUCGCUUGAAGGGGCCUGUGUAUAUAUCAAUCUUCAAGCCGUUGUCCAUUGCUAUUGCAGCUGCUAUGGGUGUAAUAUUCCUUGGAGAUGCUCUCUAUCUUGGGAGUGUUGUUGGAGCAAUAAUAAUAUCAAUUGGGUUUUAUGCUGUUAUAUGGGGAAAAGCAAGAGAAGAAAAAGAAAUGUGUGAGGAUUGUGGCUUUGGUAGCUUGGGACCCUCAUGGAAUGGAAAGACCCCUUUGCUGCAAAGAUACAAGGCUGAAGGCAUGUAAAAUGGAUGUAUACAGAUGAAUGUUUGCUAGUUAAAGAUUGUUCAGCGCCUACUCGCAAUCUAAUACCUCAAAGGUAUUUUAAGUUCAGAGCAAGGCAAAAGUCCCAAGGCCAAGCAUUUAUUGGUGGAUAGCUAUAUGGUCAAUGCUUGCAACCAUUUGAUCAUUCUUCCUUUUCUCCAGAAAUUAUAGAAUUAAAUAGUAUGUAACUUAGGACAAUAACCAAUUAAUCAUGCGUUGAGCCAGUCUUUUAAUCUAAUAGUUAGUGGCCAACCAAGACAAAAGAUGCCCUGAAUUUCUAUGUCA